UCUUGUCCUUCUUGCUUUUCUGUCAUUAUUCUCUCUAACUCUCUUUGUUUCUUGCUUUUGAUAUGUCUAAAGAAGAAGCGAGUUUAUCAGUGAAUGUAAAUGGUCAAUCUAAGGUGCCACCUGGGUUCCGGUUCCACCCUACCGAAGAAGAGCUUCUCCAUUACUACUUACGAAAGAAAGUUGCGUACGAAAAGAUUGAUCUUGAUGUUAUUCGAGAAAUUGAUCUUAACAAGCUUGAACCAUGGGAUAUCCAAGAGAAGUGUAGGAUCGGAUCAACCCCGCAAAACGAUUGGUACUUCUUUAGUCAUAAAGAUAAGAAAUACCCUACUGGGACGCGUACAAAUCGUGCAACUGCUGCGGGCUUUUGGAAAGCCACAGGCCGAGAUAAGGUCAUUCACAGUAGCUUGAGAAGAACCGGUAUGAGGAAAACACUUGUUUUCUACAAAGGAAGAGCACCUCAUGGACAAAAAUCAGAUUGGAUAAUGCAUGAAUACAGGCUAGAUGAUAAUACUAUUACCACCCAAGAUUAUAGUUAUGGUUCUAACUUGUGUGACUCGACUCAGGAAGACGGGUGGGUCGUAUGUCGAGUGUUUAAAAAGAAAAACUACCAUAAAACACUUGAGAGUCCCCAAAGGUCAUCAUCAGUAGCUGAAAUGCAAUGUUUAAAGAAAGAUGGAAGUGUUCAUGAUCAAUUUCUUGCAUACAUCAAUGGUAGAUCCUGCAAGCAAGAAACUGAGUCACUUACAAAUAUCACCAUCACCCAUGAAUAUAACCCAAUGCAACAUUUCAUGAACCCCAUCAACGACAGAUUCCUACAUAUGCCAAGGCUCGACAGUACCUCCGGGAACUUGUUUGAUCAAGUUUCAAGCUCUCAGGUCCAUAACUCCAUGACCCGCUUGCUGAAAGAAGUCGAACACUCCAAAGAUAGUGAACAUCAUGAGAAUCUGGACAGUUGGGCUGAUGUGGAUCGACUCGUGGCCUCCCAGCUCAAUGGCUAUGAUGAACCAAAUGAAGAAGACAUAUGUUUCUCACUUGACCAUGAUCAUCAAGAUCCACCACAGCCAUCAUUUAUGGCUAAACCAAAUGAAGCAGCCUAUCUGUGGAGCUUUGCACAAUCUUCCUCACAGUCAAUAACGACAGAUCCCUUUUACCAUUUGUCGAUAUAGACGUAUAGUUCACAUUAUCCAAUUUCAGUUUGCUUGAUAUACUUUUUUUUUUAAUUUUUAACUCAAACUAUAAUUUAUGGAAAAAACAAAUGAAAUAAACCCUUAUACAUAUUUUAAGGUAUGUUUAUAUGGACAUAAAAGGGUUUUUUAGCAAUUCUUUCUUUGUUUAGAUGGUCUUAGCUGAGGCAGUCUCUCUGUCAUAUGGGAUAGAAGAAAUGUUUGCUCUUUAUAUCACUCUGUUGUUUGUUACCCUAGCUGUGUCACCGGUGG